AACAGGUUUGCGAUUAGGUGCAAUUUUUAUCAGGUUCAUGUUUUACUUUGGUACCAGGUGGAGGUGUGUAGAAGGUGUAAAUUCCUAUACAACAGCCAUCCCACAGAUCAAAAAAAGUCCGAAACAAUGUCGUCACGAAGUCCCUCCCGGCAUGCGAGCAGUGAAGAAGCAAUCAGAAAGUGUCUCGACGAAAUCGUUAAGGGCUCUUCUGUAAAAUCCACCGGUGAUAAAUACGGAAUCUCUCGAUCUACUAUUCGAUACCGAUUGAGCAGCAAGUGGCAAAAAACAACCAAACAUGGACCACCCAGUGUUCUCUCUAAGGAAGAAGAAGAUAAAAUUUGUGUCUGGAUCAUUGGGAUCCAACAGCGUGGUUUCCCCGUACAGCGCCGUUCUCUGCUCCUCAAAGUCCAAGAGUUUUUGUCUGCUAAUCCCAGGAAAACUCCAUUUAAAAAUAAUUGCCCUGGUAAAUAUUCUAGCGAUGUUAUUAUUAUUGUUUGCCAAUUCUAUUAUGCUGUUUCUAGGCCGGAAAUGGUUCAACUCCUUUAUUGUCCCUCCGAACGCAGCAAGCAAAACGUUACCGUGAUGUUUUCGUUCAGCGCAUCCGGACUGGUGGUAAAUCCACUGGUCAUUCUUCCAGGGAAGAGAAUCAGAAAGGAAAUCGCGCAAGGAUUUCCCUCAGAAUGGAAACUUGGGCAGAGUGAGCGUGGGUGGAUGACAUCUCACAACUUCGGUGAAUACAUGAAGAAAGUUUUCCACCCUUUCUACUUUCUAAAAGAAAUCAAGCUCCCCAUAAUAUUGUUUGUGGACGGCCAUUCUUCUCACGUAGGAAUAGAAGUGGCAGAUUUGUGUCAGCAGCUGGGAGUCAUUCUAAUUGCUUUAUAUCCUAACACAACCCGUAUUACGCAACCAGCCGACGUCUCUAUUUUCAAACCAUUAAAAGAUCACUGGAAGAACGAAGUAGAUGACUGGCGUUCGAAGCAACCAGAUGUUGGCUCACAUUGCGUCACUUUGGAGGUGUGUUACAGGAAGCAGUAGCAAAGGGAAUUAAAAAGGACAGUAUUACUAACGGUUUUCGUGUGUGCGGUUUGUUCCCUUUCGAUGCUGAGAACGUUGAU